AUGCCCUUCGCCCCGUUUGUUGGCGUUAAUCAUCAUAGGCAAUUGACAUUGUUGGGUUGCGAUUUGGUAUCGAAUGAGGACACUAAUACCUUUGUUUGGUUGUUCAAAACAUGGCUUAAGUGCAUGGGUGAUAAAGCUCCACAUGGAAUAAUUACAGAUCAAGAUAGAGCCAUGCAGAAUGCAAUUGAAAUAGUUUUCCCAAAUACAAAACAUAGAUUGUACGAGAACAGAAUUCGAUGGGUGCCUUGUUUCCUGAGAACAACCUUUUGGGCUGGCAUGUCAACGACACAAAGAAGUGAAAGUAUGAAUACCUUCUUCAAUGGUUAUGUACAUGCAAAAACAUCAUUGAAACAGUUCGUCGAGCAGUACGAACGAGCAUUACAGAAUAAGGUUGAAAAGGAGUUUAUUGCUAAUUUUAAGUCAUUCUCUCAAGUCUUACCGGGUGCAACAACAUACGAAAUUGAGAAGCAAUAUCAGUUAUGCUAUACCAUUUCGAAGUUUAGAGAGGUUCAAUCCGAGUUUACGGGAAAAAUGUAUUGCGAUCUAAUAUUUGCAGUAGAGGGACAUAUGGGGACGAAGUAUGAAGUACGUGAAGACAUAGUCUGUGGCGAGCGGCAAAAGAAAACAAUAUUUUUGGUGUGGUUUAAUAGAGAGAAAUGUGAAGUAAAUUGCAGUUAUCACCUGUUCGAGUUUCGGGAAAUAUUGUGUAGGCAUGCAAUUGUAGUUUUGAUACGUAAUGACUUUACUGUCAUGCUGGAUCGGUACAUUUUGCGGAGGUGGAGGAAAGAUGUUAGCAGGGCACACACGAGGGUUGUCGUUCACUAUGAUGGUUUGGUUACCACUCCAGCACAAAUGAGGUAUGACGAUAUGCGUUAUUCGUUUGCAGCGGUGGCAAACCUUGCAGCAGACAAUGAAGGGAAGUAUAGAGUGAUCAUGGAUUGGAUACAACUUCAAAAGAAAGAACUUAGUUCAACAAAGUUCGAUAGAAGCGGUAUUGUAAGGGAUCCGAAAACAUCGAAGAGGAAGGGAGCACCUAGGACUAAACGUAGAAAAGGCCCGUUGGAGGCGAGAUCGAAUAAAUCAAAGACUGAAACAUCUGUCAGAGGCAGGCUGGAAUACCAAUUUAGGAAGCAUCUGGUUCGACCCAGUUCAUAG